AUGAACAAAGGUCUCAUUGAAUUGAGUCCUAUACAGCAAGCACUCAUUUAUUCAUUUUGCGAAAACCAUGACAAGGCCAUUCAGGUCUUGGAAGGGAUCUCUUGGAGUAGAUCCGAGAUAACAAUGUAUGCUGUAUUAGCAAAAGCCCAAAUGAAGGCCAAGAGAACCAAGGAAGCUGUGAGAAUGUUGAAGAAGGCAUUGGAUGUCUUUUCUCAUUCCGAUAAAGAACCAAAUGCCACAGAUGCUUCAGCCGACUGUCUGUAUAACUUGGGUCUUUGUUACAUGGAGGAAGGCAACUUACAAAUGGCUUUUGAUUCUUUUACAAAAGCAGUGAAAGCAAAUCCUAAUUUUGCCGAUGGCUUUUAUCAACGAGGGCUUUGUAAAGUAAAACUCAACAAAGAUAACUCGAUCCUGGAUUUUAAUCAUGCAAUUAAUCUUGAUCCAAAACAUUACCAGGCAUAUUUAAGCCGAGUAGCCUACUAUGGUUUAAAAGGUAGAUAUUCCAAAGCAAUCUUGAAUUGUAACGAGGCCAUCAAAAUUUAUCCUGAGGGUGUGCGUGCCUAUCUCUACAGAGGAGUUCUGAAAUAUUGCAGCAAGAUUUAUAAGCUAGCAAUUAGAGAUUUAACUACAGCUAUCAACAUGGACAGAAAGAGUUAUAUAGCGUUUUAUAACAGAGCAUUAUGUUACACCAAAAUAAGGGAACUUCAAAUGGCAUUAACAGAUUAUGGAAUUGUGCUUCUUCAUGAUGCUGGAGAAACUGUAACAUUAAAUACCUUUAUUAAUCGUGGACUCAUCUACGUAGAACUAGAGCAGUACGGCUUUGCAUUAGAGGAUUUUAAAGAAGCUGCCCUGAUAAGCCAGACUAACCUGAGCCUUUGUCAAGCGACCGCCAUGUGUCACCACAGAAUUAAAGAGUUUGAAGAAGCUGUCAACUUCUUUACCUGGACUCUUAAAAUUAACCCAUGUUUUCUGGAUGCUUAUGUUGGACGGGGAAAUUCUUACAUGGAAUAUGGCCACGAUGAAGCCACCAAGCAAGCACAGAAGGACUUUGCUAAAGCGUUGCAUUUUAAUCCAAUGUGUACAAAAGCCAGAGUUAGUUUAGGCUAUAAUUUGCAGGCCCAAGGAAAAUUCCAAAAAGCUUGGAACCACUUUACCAUUGCCAUAGAAGUUGAUCCGAAGAGCUACCUGGCCUAUGAAGGAAGAGCUGUGAUCUGUCUACAGAUGGGUAAUAAUUUUGCUGCAAUGCAGGAUAUCAAUGCUGCCCUAAAGAUCAAUACUACAGCAGAAUUCUUAACAAAUCGUGGUGUGAUUCAUGAGUUUAUGGGUCAACAACAGAAUGCAAUGAAAGACUAUCAAGCAGCGAUUUCUCUAAAGCCCAACUACUCGCUGGCUUACUUUAAUGCAGGAAAUAUCUAUUUUCACCACAGGCAGUUUUCCCAGGCCAGUGACUACUUCUCAAAGGCUUUAAAGUUUGAUCCAGAAAAUGAAUAUGCUCUCAUGAAUCGAGCUCUUGCAAAUACAAUAUUAAAGAAAUAUGAAGAAGCAAAAGAAGACUUUGCGUGUGUAAUUGAAAGCUGUCCCUUUUGGGCUGCAGUAUAUUUUAACAGAGCAUAUUUCUACUGCUGUUUAAAGCAAUACAAACUAGCUGAGGAAGACCUUAGUAAAGCCUUGUCUUUGAAGCCUAAUGAUGCUCUAGUACAUAAUCUUAGAGCAAAAGUUCGUGGUAAAAUAGGACUGAUUGAGGAAGCCAUGACGGACUAUAACCAAGCACUUGAUCUUGAAGAAUAUACCUCAGUUACAUGAUUACGUAAUCCAUGGUUUCUGUAGUAGUUUGCACAACUGUUCUUCCUGAAACUGAACUAUAUUUGUUGUUUAAAAGGUUGUGCUAUCUUCAUUAUUGUAUUUACUAUGCUUAGUCUUCUAUAUAACACUAAUGCAUUUUAACAAAAUGUUGUUGUUAUACAUUAAUUACCAAACUUUUAGAUCAUUUUGUGCAUAUUCAGAAUAACUCAAUAAUUGAAUUUGUUCAUAGAUACAGAAUUUAAAUUGUGAUUUUCUUAAGGAAUAUUAACACUUAAAUAUUUUCUCUAAAGUAAAAUAGUUUUCUUUGAAAUAAUACUAUAUGAUUGUAGAAAAAGUGUCAUCAACCUUUUCGUCAGUCC